GAUUCUUUUCUCUCUCACAUUUCGUUCAGUUUUCCUUUUUCGUCUUGUACCUGAAAACCGCCAUGGAUCAGGACGGGCCUCCCUCUGGCCAGCGAAAGGUCCGAUUUACUCCUAAAGCUCCAAAAUCUUCGAGAAAGCCCAAACUGGUUGUCGCCAAAACCGAAGAUACAGAUGAAGAUGGAGGAGCUGCUCAGGCGCAGUAUCUUCUCGGACGUUUCAAGGAGAAUCUAACCCGACAAGGGCCUAAAGUUGAGAAGAAAGCUUCAGUGCAGGUUGCAUUUGGUCCUGGAGCCCCAUCAUCAACUUCACUGAGGACGUACGGCACUCAACGGGACGAGACCCCCUAUAAAGGAACCGACGUGAUCCGGAGGCGUUCUUUGCCUUCGAUUUCCGAAAAAAAAAGUACCGACAUAUGUUCUUCAGCUGCUACUACUGAAGCACCAGCACCGAAAAUCAAGGGAGGAUACAGAGAACCAUGGGACUACCGUACUUACUAUCCGAUUACCCUUCCUCUGAGGAGACCUUAUUCGGGUGACCCUGAACUUCUUGAUAAGGCAGAAUUUGGAGAGUCUGCUGGUAAGGAAUACGAUGAGGAAACUAUUAAUCCUGCUAAAGAUCUCGGUCUACUGGAGGAAGCUGAGAAAGAAAAGAUGUUUUUCUUUCAGCUUCCUGUAAAUCUUCCUUUACCUAAGCAAUCGGCUAGCAGAAAGGGAAAAGAGGAAGCUGAGAAGUCGGUAUCUUCGGAAAGGGCGGUCGGAUUAACGAAAGGCCAACGGUUUGAAGAAUUGCCGGCGGGACAUGUGGGGAAAAUGCUGGUUUUCAAGAGCGGAGCAGUCAAGUUGAAGCUGGGAGAAACAUUGUUCGAUGUAUCGCCUGGUAUGAGUGGCGUGUUCGCCCAGAAUGUUGCUGUGAUCAAUACCACAGACAAACAGUGUUGUAUCAUCGGCGAGCUUGGUCAGAAGGCAGUUGUCACUCCCGACAGUAGUAUUUUCUAGGAUAGGAAUAAAAUAUAUUAUUAAUGAAAAAUA